AUGGCGGUUCUGGAGCGGGGGGCCACAGAGCGGUGGUUCUGGAGCGCCGGCCUUUGUUCUCGCGCGGCGGCAGUUCUAGAGCGGUGGCCGAGCGGUGGAGCGGUGGCGUUCGAACACGAGCGGGUUUUCUGGAGAGGCGCAUCUCGAGCAGCGAAGGUCGCCGGGGAGGACUCUGUAGCGGCGAAGCAUACCUUUGCUAUUGGUGAUGAAGGAGAGAAAAGUUCUUCUGAUGAUGGUUCUAUUCCUCCUCCUGCUCCUUUUGAUACUAAUUUUGAAACCAUGGAGGCUGAGAAAUCUGUUAGUCCUAGUCAAUCUGAACCAAGUCCUAUUCAACCUAUAAAGAACAAUGAGAUAGAAGAAGGAGGUUCUAAAGGUUCUGAAAACUUUGAUGGUGAUUAUCGAAGCAAAGACGCUGAUACUUCUUCAAAUACUGUUCAUGAUCCCUUGGCUAAUGUAUCUGCUGAUGUUCCUGAUUCAUCCCAAACUGUGAAGAAUAUUUUGGAAAGCAUGAAGGCUAAGAAAUCUGUUGGUCCUAGUCAAUCUGAACCAAGUCCUAUUCAACCUGUAAAGUAUUUGGAGAAUGUUGUUGGCAAAUUAUCUGAAACUAUUGGAAAAUUAUCUGAACAUAACUGGGGAAACGAGGAUGAUACCAAUGUUUCAAAAACUAAAAGUGUGAAGAACAUUGAUGAUGAUGCUUUGAAAUCUGUUGAUCAUGACAAAGAUCAAGAAGAUUCUAAAGGUUCUGAAAGCAAUGAUGAUGAUUUGACUAAUUUGGGAAACAAGCUUGCUGACAAAUCUGUGAGAUGUAAUUCACCUGAACCAACUUCUCUUCAUAGUGGAAAGGUACAUGAACCUCUUGUAUCCAGCAGUUAUGAUAUUUUUCUAAAUCAUCACACCAUUCUUGUCAUUUUGUUUUGCUAUUAUUCUCAGAGUAAUGAUGAUGAGACAGAUGAAGUCCACUCUCAUGCUUUAGCUGGUAUUACAAUAGCAAUGUCUUAUGCUGAGACUACUCCUAUUAAGUCUGUAGAUUGUUUGAAUUCUAAAAAUUCUGAGUCUACAAUUUCUGUUUCAAAGAAGUGUACUCAUUCUAGCCUUAUUGAGAAGAAUAAAAGGAAGAAAAGUGCUGCUAAGAUGCCUGACAAUUCCAUUACAAUUAAAGCACCUCGCUUUGUGUCAACUAUUUAUAAUAAAUACAUUCAAAGUGAUUUUAUGGAAGGCAAGGAUUUUGGAGAAUCGCCUGCUUUUGUUAUCAUUUCUGGUUGCACAUAUGAAGCUCUGCGGAAUUCAUUGAAGCCUAGAGGCCGUAUAAUUGAUGAUAAAAAGCUUGUUCAAAGUACUCAAAACUUUGAUCCUGAACGUGUGAAAAGAGAACUCUUGCGGAUUAAUAAGGAUUACAUUAUUGUGAAAGCUGAUCUUGUUUCAAAUUUCCAAAGAAGUUGUCAGGUAGCUGAAAUAUUUGUCAGGCCAUUACUUGACUAUGCCAAGAAGUUUCCUCAAUGUCCUCAGCAGUGUAACAAUUUUGACUGUAGCCUUUAUGUCAUGUUGUUUGUUGAACAUUUUGAUGGGAGAAUUCUUAUGAAAUUUAAGAGUACUGAUGUUACUCAGUUUCGCAAGGUUAUAUCACAUAGACUGAUCUACAAUGAGAAGAAUGAGGUCGAGAUUUCAAAAUUUGAUGCUUAG